AUGACGGAUCUUGAACUACCAAAUUGGAUUAUUGCCUUUGGGGAAGAGGCGCUUGGCGAAAGAGUUAAUGUUUAUCACAAAAUGAAAACCCUGUCGUUGAUCUUCGACGCAAUGGAUGAUGAGGAGAGAGAUUGGCUCAGAUCUACCUCAUUUGGGAAUCUCUUAGAUUUCCCCAACAAACCCGCCUGGUCGGCAUCGUUUGGGCUUUUCCUUCUAUCGAGGCAGCUUGAAGUUGCUAAGCCUCAUGAAAUCUGGGUUGUCUUUGCCGGUACCCCGAUUCGAUUCUCUCUCCGAGAGUUUAAGAUUGUGACAGGACUAAAUUGUGGGAGGUUUCCAAACAUGCAAAAGAGAAAAAGAAAGGGGACGGCUGGGAAAAAAAUUCCUUACUACAGUACUCUAUUUGGUCUAGAGGAAGACGUUACUGUUGACCGGGUCAUAUCCAUGCUUAAAAAGAGGCAUGUCACCGACAAGAAAAUUCGGAAAAGGUUUGCUUGCCUGGCCAUAGUAGAUGGAUUUUUGGUGCCCACUUCUCAUUACCCCAAAGUUGUCAAAGAACACGCGGAGAUGUGUGAGGAUCUUCAGUUCUUUGUCGGAUACCCUUGGGGGCGUUUAUCAUUUGAGAUGAUGAUGAAGUCUAUCAAAGACCGGGAUGUUGUGCAAUUAGGUACGAUGUGUGUAGCUGUCCAGGGCUUAUUAUACGCAUUGCAGCUCGUGAUUCUUCAAGCUGCUCCCGCUAUUCAAGAGGGGUCUCCGGCGGAGGAACCUAACUGUAGUGAUUCAGAGGAAGAACCAGCCGCCGAUGUUGGGAACCGAAGCUCGGUAACGUUGAAAAUAUCAAACGCGAAACGAUUGGACGGUAACUGCGAGAUCUUGGUUGACCCUGUUAUUUUCCCGGAUCUUGAAAUGGAUCCUGCUGAGGAUUUGACAUGGGAUGAUGAAUGUGAAGACGUGGCUGUAGACAAUAUAUUGUCUCUUGUAGAGUCUGGAUUCCUUUUCAACAACGACAUGUUCACUGGUGGUUGCAUACCUUCUCAGCUGGAGUUGGCGCCGAAGAAGCAGAAAAGAGGUGUCCUUGCGAAAAUAACCCGAUCCCGCAAAGGGCAAAAACCUCCUCUUAACCACGCUUCGAAGCUUAAAGUCCCCACUUCUGCUGCAUCUGAGUCUUCACGGUUGACUGGAACAUGCAAUCUUGCAACUCUGUCUCGUAUGUUGGACACUAAAUUUGGAACACUGGAGGACCGUAUCUUCAAGCGUGUUACGGAGUGGAUCACAACCAACGGUCUCGGUGCAAACCACAAAAACCAGGAAGGAAGCGACAGUGAAUCUUCAGCAGAUGAGAGGACUAAUUCUCCUCAUCAGACAUCACCUGUACGUGGAUCUAAUCUUCCCAGUAUUCCAGAGGACACUGACCAGAUGGAUGUGGAUCAUACCCCCACUGACCCCGUCGAUACCGCCGUGGCUGAUAUUCUUUUGCAUUACCCACCCAAUCUGUCGGAGGGUACUGGCGGGGGUGCGGAACAGCUAGAACCUGCUGGGUCUCCCAAGGGGUCUUCCAGUGGAUUUGGUGAACUUGGUGGUGACGUCGACCCCCGGGUGGGAAUUAACAGUGACACCGUUGAUAAGCUCCCCUUGGUUGGUGAGGUUGAGGAAGACAAUAUAUGUCCGGUGCGGGCUACUGGAGGGAGUGCAGAACCGUUGGCCGAUGCUGGUUCUAACAAGGAAUGUGCCGUUGCCAACUCUGGAGAAGUUGCACAGGGGAACAUUGGGCCUAUCAAUGAUAUUGUUAAGUUUGUUAGUUUUUCCCAUUCGGGCCCUAUGCAUGACGAAGCGGUUGAAAUUUUGCCUUAUACCGUUGUCGUUGUGGACCAGGGUGGUGUUGGAAUAAUUGAAACUCGUAGUUUUGUUCAGGACCCUCUUCCUCUAGGAGAAGUGGUGCCGGAGCUGGAUGGCCCUUUUGUGAACACCGACGUUGGCGGUGUUAAAGAUCUGGAAAACACCAUGCCAGAUACCGAAGCAAAGGAUACAGUUCUUCAGGAAUCGGUUCAGUUGUUUCAGUCACUUUUAUCGCAGGCGUGUAUGACGCCUCCUCACCCAAAAAUCAUAACGCCGGCGGUGCCAAAGGAUAAGAAGCUUGCAGGAGCGAUACCGGGUAGACGGAGCAAGAGGAUGCGGAUGUUCUCGACUAAGUUAGACGGUCGUUUUCAGUAUGAUAAGAAGACAAAAGUAUUGGUUGGCCACCCUUCUCCAGUUGAUCAAAAUAUUGGGAUGUCUCCUGAAGAACGGUUCCAAAACUCGAUGAAGAAGCUCAAGUCAGCGAGGACAAUUAGUUUAUGUGGUGAAGUCUCCCUGUCCAGCAAAGAUGUCUUAGAUCUAAUAGAAAGGAAAAAACAUCUUAGUGCGAAGUUUACCAAAUUUUCCAAGGUUUCGGACCACAAAGAUUUCAAAUUCCCUAGUGAGCUUGUUGGGCAAAUUUUAGGUGUCGGGGAGACUGGUCGUGCUAAGCUAUUUAUGGAAGCGGAUUUUCUAUAUGUUCCCUUCAAUUUCGAUAAAAAGCACUGGCUUUCUCUCUGCAUUGAUCUCCAUAACGGGGUUAUUGUUGUACUUGAUUGCAACACCCAAUUGCGGAAGGACCAAGAAAUCAUAUCCGAACUCCAACCCAUUGCCUUUAUGCUUCCGUAUCUUCUCAGCCAGGCAGGAGUGUUUCAACCGCCUAGAGGUCCUUUCGAGAUAGCCCGCCCUUCGUGUAUACCGCAGGUUCAAUCCCCGUUGGAUUCUGGUAUAAUGGCUGUUUUCCUGAUUCAUGCACACGCCACUAGGGGUCUUGAGGAAUGUUCAGAGGUGAAUGUCGAGCAGCUGGAUUGUGAGAUUAAAAUAUUGGUAUCAGCAAUCAUUCUAGCCGGUGUUCCAUAG